GUAAUAACCGGGGGGAACUGUGACUGUAACGUUAGGCAGGUCUGGCAGAUGGGGCGGGCUUAGCGAGCAGGGUCUCCCGGGCACCACAAGGGACGCAGUUGGGAAGGCUUGAGCCGAGGCCCCGAGCCCGCGUUCCUGGCGGGGGCGCCCGAGCGCCAGCGCGGUGAACACAAGCGUUAAGGAACAACCGCCGCCGUCGCCGCAGGAUGGCCUCCGGCUUCAAGAAGCCCACCGUGAGCUCCAUCAGCCAGAAAAGAAAGGUGGGGCCUAAGCCCGAACUCACUGAAGAGCAAAAGCAAGAAGUUCGCGAAGCGUUCGACCUCUUCGAUGCCGACGGCAGCGGCACCAUCGACGUGAAGGAGCUCAGGGUGGCCAUGAGGGCACUGGGCUUUGAACCCAGGAAGGAGGAGAUGAAGAGGAUGAUCGCCGACGUGGACAAAGAAGGCACGGGGAAGAUCAGCUUCAACGACUUCUUGGCCGUGAUGACUCAGAAGAUGGCUGAGAAAGACACCAAGGAAGAAAUCCUGAAGGCGUUCAGGCUCUUUGAUGAUGACGAGACCGGGAAGAUCUCUUUCAAAAACCUAAAGCGUGUGGCCAAAGAGUUGGGAGAAAACCUCACGGAUGAAGAGCUCCAGGAAAUGAUUGACGAAGCCGACCGAGAUGGAGAUGGCGAAGUGAACGAGGAUGAGUUUCUUCGCAUCAUGAAAAAGACCAGCCUCUAUUGAGUUCGUUUAUCCCGCAAGCAUGUGUAGGGAAAUUGAGUAAUUGGCUGGCUUCCCUGCUUCUCGAUUUGUGAAACCUGGAGUUAGAGGCCAGAGCCAUCUCUCCUCUUACCCCCAGUUUGUCUAGAUAGUUAUAUUUCCAAAUCUCUAGCUCAAUUAUAGAAUUUUCAAAUGCUUUUAACGUUGAGUUUUGGUUUUCAUUCCCAAGAGCGGACCUGGGUUGAAUCAAGGGUCCUGAAAACUUCUCUCCAGACAGCAUUUGCCUUGCGUUGGUGGACACCCUCUAAACUGAAGGCGAGGUGGCUUCUUGAGACAGUUAGCAUUGUGGUUCCCUUGUUGUUUCUUUGGUAUUCUUAAAUUAUCUUGCUUCCUGUAUUAUUGCUUACAUUCAAGUCCUUCUCCCAGGGUGAGGUGAAGUCACUAACAGGCCAUCCAGCCAUUGAUUAUCACUUAACUGAAUUCCUGGUUUGAAGGAAAACAGUGCAGCCACUUAUGGGCUCAGAAAAGGUAUUGUUCUAAAGGAUACACUUGUUUUUGGCUGGUGGUAAAUGGUGCAGCUUAGAUUAUCCUCUGGCUUCAUCACAGGCAAAUGACUCUUGAUAUGCAUGUACCUUAACUACUGUGGAUUAUCCCAGGCCACGAUGUAUUCUUGGGCUACAGAAUAAAAAGAAAAUUAACUAUUGG